AAGGCCGCGGGAUUCUAUUUAAGUCCUUCGCGGCCGCUGGGAACUACCACUCGCUCGCUCGCCGCCGCCAUGAAGUCCAUUUGCCUGCUGCCUUUCGUGCUCGCCUCCGUCAUGGGGGGCACCACCCUCCUGGCGACACCUUAUGCCGUAGCUCCCGCCGUAGCCCCCGCCGCCGUGGCCUACUCCAACGUGAACCUGAACGUGCCCGCGCCCGUGCCCGCCGGCGAGGCCCCUGCCCCCGAACUCCUGGUCCAGCGUACGCCCGUACAGGCCCUCGGUCGCCCCGUCAUCUCCUACACUCCUCAGGUCACCGAGGUUCGCCCCGAACUCAAGAUCAUCGAGAAGACCUACGACGUGGCCGUGCCCAAGCCCGUCUACGAGACCAAG